CUCAUCUCACCAUUCUCGUUCCAUCGCCAGCCUUGAAUUGUGGCAAAAGAAUGCUCAAGUGUCAGCGUCAAUGUCUGUAACAGUUUGCGCGUCACCACCCACAUCCACUGCCCCGCGGCGGAAGAAUUUGGCAGGCAAAAGAACCAAUUCACUCGGCUGGGCCAAGGCUGACUGCCACACCUGUGCAGAAAAACAACGGUUCUGCGAUCGCCGCCGCCCAAGAUGUAGUGCCUGUCUUGACGAGGGCGGUAUAUGUGGCGGCUACAUACAGGCACUGAAUUGGGAACGAGGGACUGUUCGACUGGGGAAAUCGCGAUCCAAGUCAAUAUCCGGAGCACCCGAGAAAUCGCUACCAGAUGAGAAUUCCAUCGCCCAAUUGCCCCAGCCACCCACAUUCGUCUUCGUCGACGAGACUCGGCCAGCCGAGCGAACGAGGAAGAAGGCAAGGAAGAAUUCAAAGUCGAGCGUUUCGAACCUCAGCCAGGGUGAUCGCUCCGCGCGGUCGUCAAUCUCCUCUAAUUGGGACUCUAUCUCUCCAACAUCUCCCUAUUCACCAUGCUCUCAAGCAAAGAGUGCGACGCCUCCAUCCGUAUACGAGCCCCAAGAGGUCAUUCUCUCUCUGUCACCUCGGAUUGAAAGGCCUCCGAUCGAGGACGCUUUGGCCUUCUACCACUCCCGCUUCUCAAAGACGACUCUGACCUGGGAUGUCCCCGUCAAUCCAUGGCAAGCGGCCCUACCGCAAAUUCACGAUGAUAUUCCCUGUGUACGCUAUGCGGCGAUCGCACUUGCUCAGCGUCAACAAGCACACCUUGCCAACAAGGCCGAGGGACUAGCCGUUCUCAACCUCAAAGCAAAAGCGCUGUCCGUCUUCGCCGCUCAUCUCAAUGACCUUUCUAUUGAAUCAGGCAUCUCAACUUCUCUUUUACUCAUAGCACUUGACUAUGCGGAGACUGGUCUUUCGAAUUGGACCAUCCAUUUGCGUGGAGCUCUGCAUAUCCUCGAGUCCAGCGGCGGCAUCCGACUUGCAGAAUCGCGUCAGAAUCUCCGAAGUCAGAUCGCCAUGUUACUCUGGUAUGACGUGGCUAGGGCGAUGCUGUCGCGGUGUCCACCCAUCUUUCCAAGACGAUACAUCGAAACUCUCAUGCUGUGGCAAAGCGAGAGUGAAUGGAGCAUGCUUGGUCUCAAUGGUCUCCCUGAUGGUAUGUUUCUUGACAUGUACGACCUUGCAAUAGCAGCCUCGCAUCCUGAAGAGUUGUCAGCCGAAAUGAUCUCAGCAUUCGAGGCGAAGAUUUUGGAUGCGACGGUCAGCAAUCAUGACCACAGGCAGCUCGCCGCCAUGGCACGCGUGUGGAAGCUGGGACUGCUGCUUUACUGCCGACGUGUGCUGGUUCCUCUCAUCUCCGGCGAGGAGUCCGCGAGGUAUGCCCUUGAGAACGACGUAAAGCCAUCUCUGCCAGUCGUUGGCCUCGCAGCAAAAUCCUUACACGACCCGCACGACCUUGCUCUCGAAAUCCUCCGCAUCGUAGCUGACCUACCUCCGGACAGCAAUUUCCAGAAGCAAUGCUUGAUGCCAAUAAUACUUGCUUCAGUAGAAGUACCAGCUUCCAACUCGCAGUACCGCAAGAUCGCUGUCGACUACUGCGAGCGCUGGAAGGAUAGGACUGGCAUUUGGAUCUUCGAUUCGGCGUUGGAGUUCAUGAGUGGCGUUUGGUCAAGGAAUGAUCGUGAAGUGACUGCUAGCGAGCUACGAGAUGGCACCUUGCACGAAUCUGAUGUUGAGGGUACGAAAGCAACUUGUAUAACUGUGCCAUGGACCGAGAUAUACCCACGGGGCAUCGAGUACGGAUUUCUGUUUGGCUGAAUGACACAUAUAAGACGGUGAAUUGCAUAUCCUGCCUCACGUACCUGGCCCCAGGGAGAACUACCGUAGUUAGUAUCUAGAUUGAGCAAUGAACCAUGUCAGCGCCUGAAA